AUGGCGGCACCCAAGGCUCUGGUUGUCAGUAUCUCAGGAUGCUCUUCCAGCGGCAAGACAACCCUCGCACGACUUCUCCGUGACAUCUUGCCCAGUACCUUCAUCUUACACGAGGAUGAUUUCUACCGCCCUGAGAAUGAACUCCCUUCCAAGAAUGGCCUUCUAGACUGGGACUGCGCAGGGGCGAUAGAUAUCCCAGCCAUGGCAGACUCCCUGGCCUAUAUCCGACAACAUGCAGCUUUUCCCCCUACUCUAGAUUCCAAGGAAGACCAGAACUCCGUGGGGAAAUGCCCUGUCCCUGACUCUCAGGUUGCUGAGCUCAAGUCCAGAGUCGAAUCCCACCUACCCUCAACCCAUCCCCUCAACACCAAAGCACUUCAGCUAUGUCUCUUAGAUGGAUUUCUGCUCUAUCCCCCAUCCAUGGCACCCAUCAAGCCUUUUCUUGACGUGAAGCUCUUCUUGCGCACUGAAUACGCAAAGGCCAAGGCUCGUCGAGAAGCUCGGGAUGGCUAUGUGACCAUCGAGGGCUUCUGGGCUGAUCCUCCUGGUUACGUUGAUGACAUCGUGUGGCCCAACUACGUCGAGGAACACGCUUGGAUGUUCAAGGAUGGUAAUGUCGAAGGGGAUUACCGCCUAGAUAUCAUCUCCAAGGAGGGUAUCAAGGUCCCUACGGAGGCUGGAGUGGAUGGAGACAUGGGCAAGACACUGGAGUGGGCGGUCGACACGAUUCUAAAGGAGCUCGAGAAACUAAUCUAG